UUUUAUUUCUGUCAGAGGCAUCAGCGAUGGCCACGCCAGCAAAAAGACCGUGCUUGGAAUCAAAUGGAGAAUCGUCUAAAUCUGCCACAGGAAUUUGUCACAACAGUGACUGCCGAGGGACGAUCGAGGAAGCAGACGCGCUGGCUAAUGAGUAUUUAAAAACCCCGAACCUCGACAAGACCAGCUAUGAGAGCUAUCAGCUAUUGUCUGCAGCGAUAAAAUCGGGCCACUUCAAUUGCGUUGAGUCUCUGCUAAACGCGGGCAUCGACGUCAACGGCGAGUACUGCAACUCGGGCCCCCAUGCGCAGGUGGACUUCCCCAAGACACCACUGGUCACGGCCAUACUGAAAAACAGAUUUAACGUGGUCAAGCUGUUGGUGAGCCAAGGCGCCAGGGUCAAUCCCUUGCCCAGUGAUGACGACGACAACCUCUUCAGAUACCCGCUCUUCCACGCCCUCAACAGAGACAAUCCGGAUAUGGUGACCCUCCUGAUUGAGCUAGGUGCCGACCCAAACAGGCAUCCAGCUGGCCGGCAUGGAAUGUCGCUGGCAGAACUGGCGUUGCAGACAAGUCGGAAAAAGAUUUUCAAAAUCCUCGUGGAGCACGGAGCGCGCGUGACCAAGCCGUACAGCUACCUGACGCUGGCCGUCAACCGGCGGGACAUGGACACGUUCAAGUGUCUGAUCAAGCACGACGCCUACCUCAACCGGCACCGGCGCUUCGAGGGGGACGACGGCCUCGAUCCAAACAGCGUGCUGCUCAGCGUGCUGGAGGCGCACAUCAAGUCGUCCAACUGCUUCACCAGGCAGAACGUCACCACCUUCCUGAACGUGCUCAAGCAGUUCGGCUUCAACUUCUGGUCGCCGCAGGUCGACGGCAUGCUGGACAACCUGCGCAACAAGGGCCUGCCGGACAUCGUCGACGAGAUCUCCAACCUCAGGAGCAAGAUGCAGACUUUAAAGGAGAUCGCCAGGGUGGCCAUCCAGAGGAACGUGGGCGUGGAGCUGCCCAGGCAGAUGAAACAUAUGAACCUGCCGCAGGAGCUGCGCAGGUACCUCGCCUACAAGGACGUUGACCGCAUCGCUGUGCUGCAGGACAAUCUGCCCAAGAACACUAUCAUGAUCUCUGGCGACCAGAGACAGCUUUUUAUCUUUAAUUUCCCCAACAGACAGUGAGUCUCUGCGUCUUGGUCAUUUAUGAAGGCAGUCAGGCAACCGCAAGGUUGAAUUCAAACAAAAUUUUCAUAAAAAUUCUUGAUAUAUUUUGGCAAGCAUAAUUGGAACAAUCCAGUAAUUAAAUGCUCCCAGAAUCGCGCUACGCGUGCAUUUGCCACUGUCCUGAAGAGCGAAAUUGAAUCUAUUUGUGAUUCUUAAGCUAUUCCAACUUUACUGCUUUUAUUGUUGGACUGAAUUGAGUUUUGAGUAAGUUGUUCCUAAUCGGAGGGAGUAAAAAUCACAAAGAUACAUCUACUAACUUAUCAGUUACUUACGCUAGAAGUGGUUUUUCACCAUUUGUAACAAAAGCAUUGCAUACAAAAAUUCAUAUCAUGCAUGUAACAUUAUUUACACUGUAAUAUACGUUUUUAUUUCAACUGUAAAUAUGCAUAUUCGCUUUUUUAACUGGUCAAGUGAUUUGAAAUGCAUUUUGCCUGUGUGAUGCAUCUCCAUUUGCACGAGAGCAAUAAUACUGUGAGAUGAAAUCGUGUUCCUUUGAAUUGUUCUCACUCAGUGGAGCGCCGAAAAAAUGUUUGGGAGAGGCGGACUUGUUACAAAUACGUCGUAAUAUUUAUUUCUGUUUGAAGCAAAUAAUAAUGCCACUCAUGCAAUAAUAAAUAACGCAGUUACGUACGUGUAAUCAAAA